AUGCCUUCCGCACCCACAAGGCGGCGUCGUCGUUAUAACGAGUCCACAGCAAUUGUGGAGAUGACCCGAUCUGACUUCGAUCACAUGGAAAAGUCCUAUAGAGAGCAGCGAAUAGAACUUCAGGCCAUGACCCUCCAAUUGAGGAAGAUUGGCCUGACUGCAAAUGAACUGCAGCAAGAUGUUGCAGCUAGAAAGGAGAAUCAAACGAGUCUCCGAAACGAGCUGGUCCGGGAAAAAGCAAAGUCCACCCAGUUACAGGCUGAGAGCAGGACUAUGGCUAUCAACAUAGCCCGACUCAAGAGCGAGAUCAUGAAGCUCAAAAGAACAAAUGCAAUGCACGUCGCUCAUCAGCAACAAAAGAUGAACAAUAUGUCCGUGGGCCUGAUUGAGAUGGUGAUGGCCAAGUACGCCCAGCUCUUGGAAGCGAAUAGAGAGCUGAAGCAACAGAACGAGACCACGGCGGCCGACAAGGUCCGGCUUAAAGAGGAGAACAUCAAGCUUGAAACCGAUAUGGCUCUGCUUAAAGAUGAGAACAUCACGCUUGGAGAAAAGACCAAGAUCAUGGAUCAGCUAAAUGAGAAGAACAUCAAGCUUGUGGAGCAGAACGAGACCAUGGCGGCCGAAAAAGCCCAGAUGCAGCGACUUCAUAGUAAGCAGGGUCAGUAUGUCAAGAGGCUGGAGCAGCAUGUCGCCACCCUGGAACUCAACCAGCACUGCGAGAGAGUUCAUCCUGAGACGUUCCAAGCGAAAAUCGGGAAAUUGACAGAUACCUACCUGUACAAAGCUGGCGGCGCUCGGGAGGGGAAUCCCUACAAGGACUUGAACCAAGUUUACCCCGUGUUCCUGAACGUCUUCACCGAACUCGAGGCGGGCUUAUUCCACUGUCUGAUGGUCUCGGACGAUAACAACUCGGACUCCAUACCCAGUGAGCAAGCCUGUAAUGCCUUGACCAGGGUUUUCAACUCUGAUCCGGCCUUUGCUAAGUGCCUAGGGAGGGAAGCUCAAGACAAGAUGGAGAAAGAGCUCACGAACAUCUUCCGCGACGGGCUCGAGCUCUUUGGACGGGGAGGCAUGUUCUAA